UUGGAUGCUAACAUUCCUGUUUGAACUGUUGUGGAAAGGAGUCUCUUCCUCGUUCUUAGAAACGAGAGCCAUACCUUCGCUAGACAAAUGCAGCCUUUCCUGAUAGACUAAUUAAGGCAAAUUAUCAAGUGGAAAACUACACAGCACGUUAUUUUGACACGUGACCCUCUCCUUUGCUCAGAAGUUUCGAGAAAAGUCAGCUGGGUCGGCGAUUUCGGGAAAUUCAUGUAGUGGUUUUAUAUAUAUAUACGAAUUCACUAAUUUGUCGAUAGAAUUCCUCAUAGACUGCAAUGUGGUGGGAUGACGACGAUUACUAUUCCAUACCGUAUUCCUUCGGUUCAAAUGAUGAUAUGGACGAUGAUAGCGACGAUCAUUACACCUUUGACGACGAUUACUAUUACAGUAGCGGCGAAGAUUAUUCCGAUGUUGUUUCUCGACGGAUGAGAUCAAAAAGUGAUGAUGUAGAAGAUAUUACAGAAAUCGAAGCCUCCACGCCGAGUUACCAAGUUUCUUCUCUGCAAGACUUGUGUUGUCGGUUUAUUUCACGGAGAUUUCCGUUCGCUUUCAUCGAGCAUCGAUCUCCCCCGAUUCCGGACCAGCUUCAGCUGAAAAUCAUCCAGUUUUCAUUCCCCGAAGACGAAGAUAUGAUACGGAAGUAUGCCGAGUUUAGUCGCAGCAGUGUUGACUUCUCUGCAGCGAGAAGGCUGGUCGAAAAUGGAACUGUGAAAGAUGUGAAUCAGAUAGGUUUUCGUCUAAGUGCAACUGUCGGUGAUCGAAGGACAUAUCCUCGCCGAGGAAAUAACAAUAAGAGCUACGUUACUAUUCAGUUUGACCGUGGGAAAAUUACCUCUGCUCACUGUUCUUGUGAGCUGUCCACAAACUGGUGUGUGCAUGUUGUUGCAACAUGUUUGGAAAGAAUCAAGAAUAAAGACAAAAUUUCUAUUCACAUGCCAAUCUCUGACUCACUCAAUUUGUUGGACAGAGAACAGUUAUUAAAGUUUGCACAGUACCUGCUAAGUGAACACCAACAUGAACCUGUUGUAGAAACAGCCCAGCAACUGCUCAACAGACUUUUGUCUCGUCAACAACAGGACAAGCCAGAUGACAUUAAUUUGAUUGCUGGUGCUCCCGAUCCAACUGCUGGACCAGGCUUGGACGAAGAAGCUCACUGGUUUGUGUCCAAGAGUGGAUUUCAGUCUCGCUGCGAGAGCUUGAUGUAUGAGUCUCAAGCAGAUCUAGGAUUCAUAUCCUACAAUGAUAGGGAUAAUGACAGAGGCAGUUCAGUAACUGAGUUAUGGGCUAAGAAUUGCUUUCAACAAGCGCUUGUUCAAGAUGAAAUGGACCUUCAACAUAAUGACUACUGCACCUACUCCUCUUCCCGUCGCCUAAAUGUUCUUAAAGUCUUGGAAGCAGUUGCUGAUCUGCUUGAGGAUGAUUUUAUGAGUGCAGUGUCGGCUUUGACCAUGUGCACUGAGCAGUUAACAGAGAGAUUGAACAAGAUCUGCCGUUUAGACUCUCCUGCUGCUGAUACAGCAAUAGGGUGGCGUCGUGCAAAACAGGAAUCCAAAGAAAACACUGGGACUUUUUUUGGAUCAUUGGCUGGGGGCUUCACACCUAGAAUAUCAAGUUGCUCUACACUGAGUGAUGAGGUCUCAAGACUGUGGCGAUUAACUGUACUUAGGCCUGGUGUUCCUCCUAAACAACGCAAGGGAAUGAUUGAACAACUGAGAACGUUAAAUCAAACAGUUUCCGUAGCAUUCAUGAAUGGUCCAUUACGUCCUUGGCAUGGUUUAGAAGUCGCUGUCCGAUUGGCUUCCAUCAAUUGGGGUUCAGAUGUCUUCCAGAGUGUCCUCAGGGGAGAGUGGAUCCAGUCUCCUGUUGUAGUUAGCUGUAUGGCUAUCCACCUAACCUGCCAAUUAAAGGAUCAACUUGUGAAUUGGAUGGAGGCAGAUGAAGGGCAGAAAAAUGAGGAGCAGUGCAGAGCUAGUAGGAUAUUGUCAUUUCAUAAUCCUCACUGUAUCUCGUUUGGUCCACAUUGUAUUGUCAAUAUCCACUCAGUGUGCUCCAUGAUCGAAGCCUUAUAUAUCAGCAGCAGACAUGAUGAGGCUAUGCGUCUAACUGUUACCCUAUGCAGCACGCUUGUGCUAUUCUACAAAGGUCAUCUCCUUCAACUCUUUGAUGCAGCCACAUUGCCAGUGUCUGCCAGAUGCCAUUUGGGGUCAAGUACAUUACCAGAGGGUGUAAAUGAGAGAGAUCAUCAAACUGGAAACAAGGUUGACUUAGACGGUGGCCAGGAGAUGGAUCCGCUUGUGGAAAUCAAUGGAGAGUCGCCAAUGAACGUUGAUGCCCCUAAUGAGGAGCCAAACUUUGAUGAUGUCUGGCCGGAGAACACCAUUUUGUCUGUAACUACUUUUGCAUUCCUUUUCCACUUUCUCUCUCGAAAGCCUGAUUUGGCCCAGGAAUGCCUCGCAAAAAUGAAGCACACGCUAUCUGAGGAAAUUAGUCUUCAUGGCUUGGAGGAUGCAGAGUCGCUCAGGUUUCACAUAGGAGUUAUUGGAUUAUUACUGCAGAGACUUCCAGCACCAUCUCUUCACCAUGAGGUGGAAGAGUACAAUUAUGAAUGCUGGCUCACCUACCAGCUGAUUUGCAGCUCCCCAACUCCCACGGAUCUGAAUUUCUUAGCACAUCUUGGACAACAUCUAAUGGGUGCAGCCACACCCAGACCCACACCCACGACCACACUUGCGCCACCUUCAUCUCUGACCCGCGUGAUAUUUCAUCAUCUCUUCAAGGGUGCUCCCGCAGCUCUCAGCAAGAAUCUCACAGAGCAACAGAACAUAGGCCUUGACUCUGCGUUUCAUGUUCUUGGGCAUGUUAACAAGUACAUGUUGAAAGAAAGAUCUCCCUCAUGGAUGCUGUUCCAGUACGCAAACUGUAGACUCUGGGCCAAACUGGCUGAAGUGGUGUUACGGUCCCUGUCGGACUCUCCCGAACUUCUUAAAAAAGCUAUGACCUAUAUCCUUCAGCCAAGUGGAAUGCUAGGUGUACCAAUUCCGGAGGGCACAUCAAAUGAAACCAUUUCAUUUGAAGUGAUGUCGCGUUUGCGUAACAUGGAGGUUGUUAAGGCGAAGUGUCGUAUAGCUUACAGCCUGGCGAAGGCACUCAGCUCCAAACAGGGUAACACUAUAAAAAUGUCGGAGUACAAAGCUGAGACUGGUGGUCGACAAUGGAAAAGAGAAGGUAUUGAGAUGGAAAUGCCUAGAAAGAUCAUGAAGGCCGGUGUGGGGAAUGCGCUGAAGUUGUGCGCGGUUCAGAUUGGUGCUCACUGUCUUUAUUUAGAGAAGCUUUCUGACAGAAAUCGUGCACACAGUGAUAUGGUUAGAUGGCUGCUGGACUUUGUUGUGAGUUCGGGAAUGGAUGCAGUGAAGUGCCUUGUGAAGUGCGAAGGUGGAGCUAUGCUUUUCCUUGCUCAAAGCGAACUGUUGACUCUUUGUGAAAAAGUCCUCCAGAAGUUUGACCUUUUAAGUGCUAGAGAUAUCGUCAAAUCCAUUCUUCUGUCUCUGUUGGAAAAGGCCAGUGGUUCUCAAAAGUUAGACGACAUGAAGAAACUUGUGUCGUUUUGCAGAGACAAGCGAUGUGCUAUACAAAUGGAACUUCUUCCUUGGAUCUGCCAAAGACUGAAAUCCCUAGCAGAAGGCGAAGCCUUUUUACCCUUUGAAGUUCUCAUGGAUGCGAGCCUAGGUAUGUUUGAGCACUUCAAAGAAAAGCUGUCAACGCAAGAGAACAUCAACCGGCGCAUGUGGAGUCCAAGGGGAAAAUUAGGGCUGAGGAGGCUUUUCAGUGAUGAAGGACAAAUAGAAGACGACUCAGACAAUGAGGACAGUGACGGUCUUAUGAACAAUAGGAAUCCAUACAAGACUUCAGAACCACACCCGCACCUGCAAGUGGCGUUUGAUCUGGGAAUGAUGGGAUUGGAGAAAAUCAAAGAAAGAGCCGAUGAACGGGAAGAUGAUUGGUAUCCACGUUAUCACCGCUGUCCAGUCAAGGAGCACCUCACCGUAUUCUGCAGGCUUGUGUGCUAUGUGGCAAAGAAAACGUGGCUCACUGAAACUCAAGAAACAUAUCAUAAAUUUUCCAGAAAAAUUCGAAUUCUAGACAAACCUCGAAAGAAGGUCGAUAAAACAAUUGCAAUUUCCGAUGACAAACCAGGAUGCAGUCAUUGGGAAGAUGCACAAUCACAGAGUGUCUCUCAAAAGUCUUCCGAGGAUUCAUACCUGCACAAAUUCGUUUGUUCCUUGAUCAGUAACGUCGAUAAUCCCAUGUGGCUUUUCGAGGUGGUUAAAGAGCUUGGGCAACACCUGAACACUGAAGGCGCACGUAGUAGCCCGUCAUCAAGGGUUGAAAGGUAUGAGAGACGCGACGCAGAGAUCAAAGAAGCUUGUCAGACUCAUCCUUCAGUUAAGCUUCUACUUCAAAGAGCCGUUGAUGAAUUUUUGAAACUUUUAAGUGGUCCCAAGAUGGUAACCGCCGUCGAGGAGGUUACCCAUCGCCGCGACCGACGCCAUCUUGAACCUUCGGAAAUAAUGUACGAACUUAGGCGCUCCAAGGUUAUGAACACAAACAUGACAGACUUACUGAAGACCACGAAGAGAGCUCUCAAUAUCUUGGAUUCCAGUGGAGCCAAGCUAAAAGACUUGACAGAAGAGAUUUCAAAACAGUAUCCCAUUUUGCAGCCGUUGUUGGAUCAUGUGUUGGGAGAUAAGGAUAUUUACUCGUCGGAUGAGCGCGAAGUGGGUCUGUUUCGGUCACACGCUGGCAUUUUCCCUGCUUUGGUUGCCCAUGGCUUGUUCCCGGGCAUGUUUGAAAGCGCCUUCUCGGAUGACUAUUUUUAACUGGAAACCGCGUUUAAAGUGCAAAUUAACCCGCGACAACGAGGUCAUUAGUAUAGGUAACAACAUAAUUUCGAGUGUAAUUUAAAGUUAAGAAGCACUAGUGAAUUUUUCAAAGACAACAAAAUUGCACUAGCCCAUAGGGCAAGUGUAAUUUGUAGUCUUUAAAAAAUUUACUAGUGCUUUUUACACCAAAUUGCAAGGGAAAUCAUGCUAUUUCUUGUUAAUAAUUUACAUUAAAAAAACAUCACAGAAAGUCAAGACAGACGAAAUUUUGAAAACGCACGCGCGCUAUUUGUAAUUUGCACUCGUGUUGCAUGAGAGUGCACUCGUUUUCAGCCAAUCAGAAACGCGUACUUUUUUCAUGUAGACUAAUAUGUUUGUUUUUAUUAGGGUUUAAAGGAGUUUAAAUACCAAUGUUCACCUUUAUGAUUAGGUUUUCUCAAGGAAACAUCCAGCGCUGUGACAAGUUGCCGUUAAACGGCUGGAGAUAUUGUAUAAACAGAAGAUUCGAUAACGUGCAAUUUAAAUAUAGGAUCAACAUUUUUGACUAAAAACUGAAUGAUGUUCAACAGCCAUGUUGAUGUUUCAGUUCACUUUUUCCAUCAGCUCACUUUCGAGCCUUAAAUUGUAGCUGUUAUUAUCAUCAGAUAAGCUUUGCCCCUAUUUUUGAAUACAGGUGGUAGUUUGAACCAUGAAACAAACCUUUCGUUUUUCCAAAUUCAUUUUGUGUUAGAAAUGCUAAUGAUUAGAUGUGAAAAUACGAUAAAAGCUUACUGCUAUUUUAAAAAAAGUUUACUUGAAAAUCUGCACGAAACGUUAAAUGUAUCCCCUGGAUUCAACCACUACAAUGUGGCUGCUGAAAGAGGAUUUACCUUUUCAUCUAAGUUGUUGAGAUAUUAGGUAAUGUUGUUUUGUUUUUUAAUUGCUUCUGAUGCCAAUGAAUUAACUAUAAAGCAGUUAGGGGUAACUCACAGAUGGCCACCAAUAACUUGCUGUUUUGGACUUCCAAUUUGAAUUAUGGAAAUAAUUGUUUUUCAGAUGAAAUACAGCCCUGGUACUGCCAUAGAAAGAAGAAUGUGUAUGACUUCUUGAAUAAAACGUGAUUAAUUUUUUUUCUGCGUUAAGAACAGCGAAAAGGCCUGAAAUAAGCACUCUUUUUGGGGAAGCUGACGAGACUGACCUAUUCGGAGGGGAGAGGGGUGGUGGGUUUGAGGGUUUUUGGGGAUCACAUGGUUUUCAGAAGGAAUGGAGGUGGGGGUCAGUCUCGCUAGCAGAAAAUUUACUGACAAUGAGGCCCAUCAGAAUACCAUGGGGUGGGGGGAAGGGGUAAACUGAUGAAAUUUAUUGUGACACCUCUCACACCCCAGCCAAUAACUCAAGACUGGUACCCUAAAUCAGAAGAUUAUGGAAUCUGGCUCAAAACUAACUCCCAGCAAGAGACUAUAAACUCUUGCUUUCAACUGGUCAUCUAUAAGGAAAUACUCUAAGUUGCUAUGGCAUUGAGUUGAGAUAAAAAGCACUCUUUAAGGUAGCAAGCUAAGAAAUAAUUAUGAUUUUAAAUUUCGGCUCUGGGCACUACUGUAUACCUCCAAUCAGAAUCAUGAAAUUAAAUUUUAAUAGGAAACGGA